CUGGGCGUUGUACCUUCAAGAGAGAAUCGGUCAGAUUAAAAAGAAAAAGAAAUACUUUUCAACGUAUUGUCAAAAUGAGUGAAGACGUACCAGAUAAGUAUCGUCCUAGGCUUUGUCAUGUUGUUAAAUGGCCAGAGUUUCAGGGUUAUGGUUUCAACUUGCAUGCUGAGAAAGGAAAAGCAGGUCAAUUUAUCGGUAAAGUUGACGAAAAUUCACCCGCUGAGACUGCAGGUCUGAAAGAAGGUGACCGAAUCGUUGAGGUCAACGGCAUUAACAUUGGCAAUGAAAAUCACCAACAAGUGGUGACAAGAAUAAAAUCAGGAGGAGAGGAAACUCGACUUUUAGUUGUUGACAAUGAAACUGAUAAUUGGUACAAGGACCAAAAGAAGGUUGUGAGGGGAGACCUGCCAGAAGUUAAAUUUCUCACUGCUGAAAGAGAUCACCAUCAUAAAAGUAAAGGUGUGCAAUAUUCAUAUUUCAUAAAUUGUCAUUAUUUAUGUUUAUACUACAAUUGUUUCAUACAAUUGAUAGUUCAGUAAAGCCUAAAAUAAAUUGGGGACAUCCAUAUAAAUUAUUAAUUAUUAAUAAUUAUCACAACUAUUUAUUACUAUGCUUGUAAUUUUAAGCAUGUGUAAAGCAUAAAUUUGUGACACUGUUAUUAGGGUGUCUAAAUUUUGUGACAUGGGGGGGGGGGGGCUCUAAAAAGCUGACAAUAGUGUGUGACAUGUAUUAUGGUUGGUACCAUAGUUAAUACUAGUUAAUAGACCUAUUAUAGUAUUUUACUUUAUCGGUUAGGAUUGGGUUAGCGGUAAGGCUAGUGAUGACUUCCAGGAUAUAUGCUAUAGCCCAUGGAGGUUGGGCAGAUCAACUUCCGGCUAUAGCUCUGUAUUCAAAAUAUUUCAAUUUUUAACUCUGUAUUUAUACAAUUUUUUCCCCCUUUUUUUUAUUUUUGACUCCGGGGAGGGGCCUCCUCACCCCAGAAAAUUAUUUGUUUCGUAUUAUUAUAUUGGAAAGGGGGGGGGGGGUUUCUCCCCUCCCCAGAAAUUAUGUUGAAAUUUAUAGUGAUAUGAUAGAAAUGAAUGGCAUAGAUGGACUUCUUUUUUUCAACCAAUCAAAAAGACAACAUUCUCAUUCUUAGUAAUGCAUGUCUUUGGGCACUUUGGGGCAUCAGCAAGGAUGAUUUUCUUUUCUCUUGAACCUUGUAAGAUGAAUAUUUAUUAAAAUGGAGAAUUUCCUUUUAAUAUUUCAUAAAUGCUUUAUUGAUUGUCAUACAUAGUUUAUAACACGAAUAAUGCGCUGAAGAGCGGAAAAGUUAUCACUACAUAUUGUUCAGGUCCAACUAUUGGUCUUGUCACCCUAAGACAAGUUUUUGGAUUCCCUACUAAUACUACUAAAGUGAUGUCACUGCACUUAGGUAUAAGGGUGAGAUUACUCUUUGUAAAACCCAUACUGCUAACCCAAUCUUUACCUUACUUAACCUUCUAUGGCUAAAGACUGAAUGGGUAGUACCUCAGUCUAAUAACUGAUACGGUACAAUAAAUUUAAGGAUAUUCUGUGCAAAUUAGAGCCAAAAUAACUUGUCUGUGAAAGCUCAUAAAAACUUUUAGGAAAUCCAAUAAAAAUUAGAAAUUAUUUUCCUUAAAGCAUUUGAAGUGAACAUGGCAGGAAUUCUCAGCAUUUGUGAAUUAUUUUUUUAAAACCUUCUUGCUUUGAACCUAUAUACUAUCAACCCUAAUAAAUAGGAUAAAAUUAUAAACUGAUGAGUGUGGCAUGCAAUACAUAACAAUAAAGACAGUCAAAUUUUACAGAUAUUUCAAUUGUUUUUGUUUUUUUUAAUGAAUAUUAAAAAAUGGGUCUGUGAAAAUGGAAAAUUUUAAAUACAGUAUAGCUUAAUUGUAAAUUAUAAAAUUGUCUGUAAAUAUAAUGGAUCGAGUUGGCAACCCUAGGCCUAGGUACUAUUUCUUGUUAGGCCUUAUAACUUGUAAUAUUACAAACUUAAAUCAAGAUUGACAAGUCGGAUAGACUCACCUAACUAUAAUAAAUAUAAUAAUCAGAACUGAUACUUACCUAAGCACACUAUCUUAACCUCCAUUAUCCUAAAUUUAAAUAAUUAACAGAGGAAACAUUUGGUUGUAGUCUAAUUCAAUUAUUUUAUGUUCGAUUGUAGCUCCAGAAUAUGAACGUCCUCAGACACCGCAGACACCAGACAGUGAGGAACAUAUUUCAUUCACUGCUGCACCAACAAGGCCAGUUUCUAAUGGAAAUAGUGAAGAAGAUAACUUUCAUAGACCAAGGUUGUGUCACUUAAAACUAUGGCCACAUUUUCAGGUAUAAUAAGAUAGUUUCCCCAUAACUCACUUAAAAAAUCGCCUGGUCAUUUACUGGUAAAAAUUUCAACAAUGUGGAGGGAAGCAUUUAGUAUUUUUAUGGAAUUGUAUGAAAUUUAAUUUAGGAAUAUGCUUUGUUAGAAAUCUUGUCCUCCUCCCCACCCCUCCCCCCCCCCCCCCCCCCCAAUUAAGCAGAGUAUUUUUUAUAACAAUAAACCAAAAUGCUGUAGAAUCCUUGAUCCUUUCAAUUUCAAACCCAGAGUAGUUUUCAUAUUGGAAAAAAAUUUAUUUUCAAACAUUGGUUGUGAAGUACUGAAAAAAUUGACAAGCUAGCUCUUUCUAAUUGUAAAGUAACUAUUGCUGCAUGAUGUAAUCUUUUCAGCAAGUCCAUUGUUUUUGUCGGACUUUCAUAAAUUUAUAUAACUAUCAAUUUGAACAGGGCUAUGGCUUUAAUCUUCAUGCCGAGAGAGACAAGCCAGGACAAUACAUUGGCCUCGUUGAUGAGGAUUCACCUUCAAGCACUGCUGGUCUGCUUGUCAAUGACAGAAUAGUUGAAGUCAACGGUGUUAAUGUAGAGAAAGAAACUCACACAGAUGUCAUUGCCAGGAUCAAGGCCAUUCCUGGGGAAACUAGAUUGUUGGUUGUGGAUCGUGAGACUGAUAAAUAUUACAGGGAGAAAGGGAUAACAGUUUCAUCAAGUAUGCCACAAACUCAACACUUAACAACUCCAGAUGCAUCAGGUAAUUGGUUUUUUAAUGGCAUUUUAUUUCUCUCUCUAAUUCCUAGCACAUAGAUUGCAAACCUUUAAAAUAACAAUCAAUAAGUUCAAGUAAAUAACAGAUUAUUGAAAAAAAUGUGCCUUGUUCAAUUAUUUUUACAGGAGCUCUUUUACUCUUUAUUGAUUUUUAUUAAUUAAAAUUGUAUUGAUCAAUAAAGGUUAUGAUGGUGAAUUGCAUCAACUUCAAAUUAAUUUUUGUCUUUUUGUCCCUUGCAGAAAUAACAAACAAUGGAGUGAAAUCCCAUUCACCAGUAAGUUCCCACUUUAAGAAUUAUUAAAGUUUUGGCUCAACUGUUACAUUGUAGAUUGAAAGACUCUUAUGUCAUUAUACUGGUUAUCUUAUUGAUGAAAGAUAAAAGUUAGGAAUUAAAUGUUAUAGAUUUAUAACGGUAAUCUCAAUGAACCCAAUUGUUUUGUCGAUUAUAUCAUUCAUCUAAUAAAUUACAAGCACACUCUAUUACCCUUUACAAAAGAGAUAUAUUGUUAAGCUUGUUCAUAUGUAUGGCAGUUAAUAAAUGUCAUGUUUCAAAACUUAGUAGGGCUAUUUUUCUAUAAAACCUUUGUUGAACCCUUUUGAGGUGGAACUUUUUGGAGUGUCGAUGCCAAGAAGAAGGAGCCCCUUUUUACAAGCUCGGCACUCAUAUUGCUAGAACAUUUACAAAAAAAUUAACUAAUUGCUUUACAAAUAUAAAAAUAUAUGUAUUCUUGUAGGGCAUUUUUAGUUCAAAUUAGUUCAUUCAUGAUCUUUAUGAAUCAAACAAAAAUUUGAACAUUUAUGCUAAUGAGAUAUUUUAUGAUAGUUGAAGCCUAACCCAUAUUUGAAGGAGAUGCAGUGUGAAAAACUACAUAAAAUAUUCCACUGGUGCAUCUGUUCAAAAACUUGAUUGAUUUAAUUGAUUUAUACAAUGGAAUAGAUAGUAUGGUACAUAAGGUUUCCCUUUUUUUUUUUUCACUGCGUUUCAAGGAACCUGAACCCGAGUACACUGUGGCCACCAAAGAAGUGAAACACAAGGAGCCAGCAGCCGUGAGUACAGGUACAGAAGAUCCACUCAAUCUCUCGGUGGCUGAGAUGAAGGAAAGGCUCAAAGCCAAGAAAAAGCAAGACCCGAGAAUGAAUAAAAUUUCAUUUGAGCAGAAGUACAAAGAAUUUCAGAGGAUGUGA